AUGUCCAAAAUUUCCUCCUCUUUUUUUCUACAUUUCAUCCAUAAACGUUUUCUCAAUACCAUUUCUACUUCUACAUUGCCUUCACCCUCUGUUUCUACCAUCCAAUUCCUCCAAAAUUCAUGUGCCCUUUCUUCUGGAUCUCCUACCUCCACCGGUCGAAAGCUCCAAUUCGAUGAAAAACACCUCCAGCAGUACGAAGCCAUUAUCGGUUUCUUCAAGUCACAUGGAUUCGAGAAUUCACAGAUCGCCAAGUUGGUCUCUAGGAAACCUCAGAUUCUUCACUGCAAAGUACCCAACAAUCUGAAGCCUAAAGUUGAGUUCCUCCAGGAAAUCGGAUUUAUCGGUCCUUUACUUCCUAAGCUAAUUAUAACAAACCCUUCAAUUCUUCUCUGUAGCUUAGAUUCUCACUUGAAACCAUCAUUUUGUCUCAUAAAGGAAAUGCUUGAAUCUGAUGAACAAGUAACUGCUGCUAUUUGUCGUUCUUCGUGGCUUCUAACUUUUGAUUCUAAGGGUAUUAUAAAACCUAAUUGUGAUGUUUUGGUCAGUGAAGGAGUACCUUCUAGGAAUAUAGCGAAGUUGAUUCAAGUGCAGCCUAGAGCUGUUAUGCAAAAGGUUGAUAGAUUUAUUCAAGUUGUGCAAACGGUUAAAGAAUUGGGCAUUGAACCAAAGGCUCGUUUGUUUAUUCAUGCACUUAGAGUAAGGAGUUCAUUGAGUGAUUCAAAUUGGAAGAAGAAAAUAAAUGUUUUGAAGAGUUUAGGAUUGUCUGAGAAGGAGAUUCUUACAGCAUUUAAGAAAGAACCAAAAUAUUUAGCUUGUUCAGAGGAGAAAAUAAGGGAUGUUGCCGAUUUCUGUUUCAACACAGCAAAGUUGGAUCCAGAAACUGUAAUUUCUUACCCUACGAUAUUCAUGAGUGCACUUGACAAGCUCCGACAGAGGUACAAAGUUCUUGAGGCUUUGAAGGUGAAAAGUCUUCUUAAGAACGUAAAGAUCCUCCCUCGGGCGCUUGUACGGGCGGAGAGAGACUUUAUGGAGAUGUAUGUUGUUAAGCAUUUGGAUAAAAUCCCAAAUCUGAUGGACAUAUACCGGGGCAAUGUCGCAGCCGAAACCAAAUCUGUUCUAUAG